GUGGAGCAACCUCAACGGCGUCAUGUCUACACCCGGGGUAAAAAAAAAACAAACAAAAAAACAGAAGAUUUAGUGUCGCAUUCUCCACCCAUUCCUGGCCUCCUCCCGCAGGUCGUGUCUGUGUUUCCCACUGACUUUAAUGAAUUCACGGAUCUAGCUGACGGUGAUGACAUGCGGCGUCUGUAGAUAACGGAAAUGAGGCAAACUAAGAAAAGAUAAUUCAAGGGAACACGUCAGUUAUCUGAAUUCAGCUCGUCACGAUUAUCUUUCACUCCAUAUCCCCAACAAUCGUUGCUCUGCUGGAGUGUUACAGUGAUUGUAUUUCUUCUCCAAGUCCUACAAGUUGUUGGAUGCGGAUUCGGGAUUCCGAGAUGCGAUGCGGGGAAUGCACGUGUGUGGCUACGGACGAGUCCUUCAGUUCCUGAACAAUUUACACGGACCCAGCAACAAGGCGGACGACUCACAGGAUUGCUAUACCGAUGCUGAGCAGCACUCACUGUUGCGGUUUAAAUGGCGGUCAAGAUGGCUCCAGCUCCAGACGUGAGAACGAGGCGCAGACCUCGUGCACAAUACCAUCUUCAGUGCAUUGGCUUUUUCUUCGUUUUUGUCUUCGUAAAGCCAGCCGUGUAUGCGUCGUGCAGACCAGGUUACUAUGGCAACAAGUGCGUCCUGCGAUGUAACUGUCUCGACGUCAAUGAGAACUGCGACCCCGACGGCUUCUGCAGCAGUGGUUGUCGUGCCGGCUACACUGGCAGCGACUGCAUGGAGAAAUGUCCGGUGAAGACGUACGGCGUGGACUGUGAGAAGAAGUGUGUGUGCGGAGACGACUGUCCGUGCGACCCCGUCACGGGUGCCUGCAUCUACUCGGAGUGCAAGCAUCCUCAAAACUCUUCUGAUGGCUCUGACAAGACAGGUGUGUGGAUAACUCUGGCUCUUCUGGGUCUAAUCGUCUUCUUCGUGGCCACUGCUCUCCUUUUGAACUACCUAAGCAGGAGCAACAGGGUCGGCCUCCUAAAGAAGCUAAAAGUGGACUCUUUGGAAAAGUAUCGCAGAUCAAAGAAAAGAAGUUCUGCUCCCGCCAAGGAGGAAACGUACGAGGAGGUCGCAGGCAAAAUCUACAUACCCCUAAAACAGCCCGACGACCACCCAGCUCAACAUCAAGACGACUACGUUGCUAGAGAUGAUGGCCGCCAUCCUCCUGGUCCGGAGUCAAACACUUUGAUGAACACGAAGCAACCUGAUCCUUGCAAGGACAACGCACAUCCGGGUGACUCCAUCACGGGAAACAGCUUCACAAGUACUAAAAGAGACAGCAAACGAAAUGUGCUGUACGUUCCGAAAGCAUCGGUGGUUAGAGAGACAGUGCAUAAUCAGCCCGUAUAUGAGAACGUCGCUGAGGUCAAAGGUCGUCGGUUUAAAUCGUCCGAUUCUCCGGAGCUCGCGGAGGACGGCAGCGACAGCGCGACUACGUUUCAGAUGGAAGCUGUCUUCCCCAGCCAGGAUGCAGUAGCAAGCUUACCCCAAACAAAUAUGUUUGCCAGUGGACCACCGCUCAUCUGCGGUCAAAGGUCAAAGGUUAUUCACAGCAUCGGGGUUGCGUAGUCCAGAAAUAAACGCUCAUGCAGACGUCACUAACGUAAUCCACGGUCUUCGUGAAGAUGGAAUUUUUGCGGAACAACACCUGGAAGAUUAUAUUCGCCUCUCACCUGCUCAGCCCGGAAUGACUGAAACUCACAAUGAUAUGCAAGUGGUGACUCCAGCAUCAUUAUAUGAUACAACAGCGAUUUCUUUAACAGGAAUACAGUUCACAAACGUCUCUCCAACGUAUCUGGAAGCAGAUGAGCUUCUCCAGCAGAAGAGUAAGUUAAAACAAUCUCCAAAUCAUUAUGCAAACAGACAGAAUUCCCCAAGUCAAGAUACUCGUAUACCAAGAAAGUCUCCUAAGUCACCAGUAGAACAAUAUCCCAUCAAAUCAAAAGAUUCGACAAAAGAAUGUAGUGUCAGAGAUGAGGCUUUAAAAACAUUCAAUCCAACGUAUCACUCUGAAAAAAAAGAAUUUCGAGAUAUUCUUCAAUCGUCAACUCAGUCAUCUUGUGAUACUCUCAAGUCAGAGAGUGACGCAGUAUAUCCACAGGAAGACGAUAUUUAUGAAUCCUGCAUCGAUACAGAAUCAUCGUCGGAAGGUCUUACUACUCAAAAUGGUCACUUGGAACAACCAGAUGCCGAAAUAAAGUCACCCCCACAGCCAUCGCCCAAGAGAAGGGCGCCCCUUGCUGGAGCGGAAGUGACCGAACAAACAUUUUCAGUUCCGUCGCACGCCGCAAGAUCCAGCAGUCCAGUGAUAUCCUCAUCCAUCAGAUCGAGAUCCCCUCAGCAGCGAACCAUUCGCUCAAAAGCUGCUGUCACCUAAGUCUUUUGACAAAUCCACGCCCCAUGUACAGCAACAAUCAGGGACCGUUUCAUAUUCCCCAUCAUCACCAGAUAUGUCAACUCAACAACAGUGGUCACCCCAAACAGAUCGACUGUCGGCUAGUCUUACGAGUGACAUUGGACACUGUCAGGUGAGGCUCAGAUAGCCUGUCCCUUGUCAGGAAGUAAAACUUUUCCACGAAAGUCCGGGGAUGAACGCGAAUCAGCAAUCCCUCUAACCAACACGGCCUCCACGCCCCACGUGGUCUGCCGCCCUGUGUAAGCCUUCGACGAACGUGACGGCAGACAAUGAGAACGAGAGUAGCGAGGAAAAGAAUUUACAGACGUCCCCCCUUUUGUGCAAGUCUAGUCAAGAAGAGUUAAAAUCAACAGACGCUCAUGAUCCUGACAUCUUGAAGACUACGAGGACGCCACUCAGAGAUGGUCACGAGCGGAGGUAUGAAGGAGACUACACUUGCUCCCAUUUCCCCGAAAGAUUUUCAGCAGAUGCUACUUGGCUCCGAUGCAAGAAGUCGUUCUCUCAACACUCUACGGACUUCAUCACGGUCUCCUCCUCAAUGUCCCUCACGCGGCCCUCAAUCAACACCUCAACGCCCUCUGCACGGCCCUCAUUCUCCUCAGAAACCCACAGGCAUUCCUCUUAUCAACACGGUCCGGAUGGCACUCUUUCCCCUCGACAGUCAGCACGUGACACACCUUCCCCUCGACAGUCAGCACGUGACACACCUUCCCCUCGACAGUCAGCACGUGACACACCUUCCCCUCGACAGCCAGCACGUGACACACCUUCCCCUCGACAGCCUGUACAUGGCCCUCAACAUUCCCCUACUCGCAUCCCGUACAGGACUGGAAGGGUAGGAGCAAAGGGAGGAAACUGGGAAGCGUUUGAACAUACACAUUACCACCUAAUGGGAGCAAGUGCUCAUCAAGUCCAACGGACUGCGGAUUCCCAGUCUGUCCCAGAACCUGCAGGUGAAGAGCCGUUGGUUGUGGAGGUCAGCGAGGAUCCCUCUGGCGAUAGUCAACAACCCUGUGACCAAAGCCCACGCUCAGAUUUACAUGAACACAUCAGCCACAGAAAAUGUUUGAAAAACGGACAGAUUUGAACAGAUGACCUCUUCGAACUGUCUUGUCCUCGAAGUUCCUCAUCAUUGACAGUAAAAACAGGAAGUCAACACACAGAGCAGAUCUUGAAACAAAAAACUGUCUCCAACAACCCGUGAUUCCUCACAACGACAUUGUACAUGUUCUCACCUGUCGCCCCUUGAUGUCCACCUGACUGUCAGUUAAAAUAAUUUCUGGUGUUUCACAGAAAACAAAUCCGAGGUGGCAUUAACAGCCUCAGCCAAUAAAUGCUGAUGAUUUCAAAAUAUACUAAGAUGAUAAGUAUGGGGGUAUUAUGAAAACAUGAAACAUGAUAAUAAUCCAAUGUUUAAAAACUUGGUUUGAGAAGCAAUUUUAAUACAAUUACUGCAAUAAACAAGUUUUUUAACGAGCA